GGAGCAGAUGGCGCAGGAGAGGAUGCGUGGUGGCUAAUUUUUGCUACAGGCCUCGGCUUUAGAGUGGGCAGGCACUGAAUGCGACUUCCCCCUCUCCAGGGUGACAGCUCAGACAGAGCGCGGUGGUGUGCCCAGAGUAUCUGGGCCCCGGAGGAGCUAGCUGCGCCAGCCAGGACUGUAGAAGACAUUCUGACCAUGGCCUCCCCAUCAUGCUUCCACUCGGAAGAUGAGGACUCUCUGAAAGGAUGCGAGAUGUACGUGCAGAAACAUGGUAUCCAGCAGGUGCUCAAAGAAUGCAUUGUGCACCUCUGUAUUGCCAAGCCUGAUCGGCCACUGCGGUUCCUCCGGGAGCACUUCGAGAAGCUGGAGAAGGAGGAGAACAGGCAGAUCCUGGCUCGGCAGAAGUCCAACUCGCAGUGUGAUUCCCAUGAUGAAGAGAUCUCCCCAAUUCCUCCAAACCCUGUGGUAAAGGCACGCAGUCGGCGGGGUGGUGUGAGUGCCGAGGUCUACACUGAAGAAGAUGCUGUCUCCUAUGUGAGGAAGGUCAUUCCCAAGGACUAUAAGACCAUGACGGCUCUGGCUAAGGCCAUUUCGAAGAACGUGCUCUUUUCACACCUGGAUGACAACGAGAGGAGUGACAUAUUUGAUGCCAUGUUUCCUGUCACUCACAUCGCUGGGGAAAUAGUCAUACAGCAAGGUAACGAAGGAGAUAAUUUCUAUGUGAUUGACCAAGGAGAAGUAGAUGUAUACGUGAAUGGGGAGUGGGUGACCAACAUCAGCGAGGGCGGGAGCUUUGGAGAGUUGGCCCUCAUCUACGGCACCCCCAGGGCUGCCACCGUGAAGGCCAAAACGGACCUGAAGCUCUGGGGCAUCGACCGUGACAGCUACCGGCGCAUCCUCAUGGGAAGCACUCUGAGGAAACGCAAGAUGUAUGAGGAAUUCCUCAGCAAAGUCUCCAUCCUAGAGUCCCUGGAGAAGUGGGAACGCCUGACUGUAGCCGAUGCCCUGGAGCCUGUGCAGUUUGAAGAUGGAGAGAAAAUCGUUGUUCAGGGGGAGCCCGGGGAUGACUUCUACAUCAUCACAGAGGGCACCGCUUCCGUCCUCCAGCGACGAUCCCCCAACGAGGAGUAUGUGGAAGUGGGGCGCCUCGGACCCUCUGACUACUUUGGGGAGAUUGCGCUGCUGCUGAACAGGCCCCGUGCAGCCACUGUGGUGGCCCGGGGUCCCCUCAAGUGUGUGAAGUUGGAUCGGCCCCGCUUUGAGCGUGUCCUGGGCCCCUGCUCUGAGAUCCUGAAGAGAAACAUCCAGCGUUACAACAGCUUCAUCUCCCUCACUGUCUGAGCUCGCGCCUGCACCUUCAGGGGUCCCCCAUGUGACCCUGGGACCCGUUCCCCAUGCCAGGAGCCUGUAAGCUGCUGGUUGGUGGCCGGGUGGGGCUGGUACCUGGCAUGGAGCUUGGCACAGAGCCUCUCCUUCCUGUGGACUCACUUUUGGAAUAAAUAACCAUCUUGUGCAUUUUAAAAACAAAGGGCAAGGGACAACUGCAUCCCCAGACCAGGGAAGUGACAGCUGACCCCCUCCACAGUGGCCCUGCAGCCUUAUCUUGGGGCCACCCUAUCCCUUCUCCAAGUCUUCUGGGAGUUCUUGUCUGGUCCCCAUACUUGAACUGGCCCUGUGUCCUGCCAGGUCUCAAGAGUGGGGCCACAGCCCCUUGUAGGUCCCCCUCCCCCCAGAGCUGGAUGUUGAUCAGGACAUUGUCCCUUGUCCCUGUCAGAUUCUCCCAGGUGUAGGCCCAGGUAUAGGACAGAUUGUGUCAAAUGGAGGUGUCCUCAAAUGAACACUCAGGCUGACAGCAGAAACAGAAGCUGAAGAAAGGCAUUCUUGGUCCCUGCCCACUACCCCCCACUGCCAGAGGGACCCCUGAGAGACCCAGAUAGACCGUAGCCUCCUAUCUGAGGAUUGAGCUAUGGCCCCAGAAAGCCAGGAGGCAGCUGUUAAGCCCAGUAACCUGUCCUCAGAGCUCUUGGAAAGUCUGUUUCUGGGUAGGCCAGGCACCCUGACCUCAUGUCAGGAAGGCUGGCCAAGCCCGUGACCCCUCAGUGGCUGGACGCCCAGAUUGGGCAGGAAGCAUGGGUGGUGCUGGGGCUUUCCAAACAUGGCAAGUUAGAGCUGAGUCCCCAGCGCCUGGAGGCCAGGAGCCAGGGCUCUGUCUACCUGCCGAUUGGAGACCCCAAGGGGCAGCAAAGAACUCCCAACUUCCUGGCUGAAGCUGUAGGCGUUGAACCUUCCCAAAUUCGCUCUGGAAAGCCUGACUUCCAGACAUCUCUCUUACCAAGUCUCUCUGCUCCCUUACAUUCAGGGAAAGGCAUUGACACCAGGCUUGACCUCACAUCAACACCCUGUCCCCAGUGCAGCGUGAUAUGAACCAGAUAGGUCUGAGGGCCACACGAGUGUCCCAACUGCUCAGUGUCUCCUGGGUGGCCAGAUGUCAUGAGACUGUGUGAUCAACCUUUUCUUACCCCACUGUGCACGCCUAGGGAGGUGACCCCUCCAGCUGGCCUCCCUGUGUGACCCUGGCCAUGUGUGUCCUGCCUGCACCAUGGAGUUUAUGGACCUGCUCCUCCAUCCUUUAUUUAUGUCAUCAAGUGCUGCAUGAACUAUUAAAUGUGCAAUGAAGAA